AUGCUUGAGAUCCGAACCAACAAUACCAACUUCCCACUGGUCCGCGCCUGCAUUUUCGACGUAGACGGCCUACUAAUCAACUCGGAAGACAUCUACACCGACAUCUACAACAACAUCCUCCACUCGUACGGCAAGCCCGACUUACCAUGGAGCAUCAAAGCAAGGCAGCAGAGCAGAGGCCGCGAGGCAUCCUUCACCCCCACCUCCGCCUUCUCGUCGAACAUCCGAGCUGACAGCAGAAACCCAGGGCAUGCUCCAGCUCCUCGACUGGGCCCAAUUGCCGAUCACGUAUGA